AUGGGCUGGAAGGUGACCGAAAAGGAGAACUUGCAGUGCAGGUACAUUUGCAAGGAUGGUGACGGUGAUAUAAUAAACAAGGAGUUUUUGGUAGGAAAGGCAUUGCACAAAGAAUACUUGUUGUCUCUGAUUCUGGCAGAGAGCUUAUUGCAAGAAGGACUGGAGAAGAUUUUUCAUGAGCAGAGCAAAGCAUACUAUUCCUGUGCACAAGCUGCAUCAAAACUGGCAGAGAAAGGAUUGCUUGCGGAACUACAGCCCAACAAGGAUGCUGGUUUUUACAAAGAACUGCUGCGGAAAGUGAGUUCAAAACCAAAAGCUCGGGUAAUUCCUGGAACUGCCACCACCAGUGGUAUCGAUCUUACAGAUGAACCAAGUCUAUUUGGCGGCCAAGAGACAACAGAUGUGCAGGAGAAAUCAAAGUCUACCAGAAAGAGACCUGGUGCUACACAACGGAAGGAAAAAGGCACUACUGGUGGUCGUGCUGAAACUUCUGCCAAUGUGAGUUAUGAUGACUAUGAAAUAAUUUCGGAUUCAGACUCAGCAUCCCAGCGGUGUGAAGAUGAGGAGCCAGCCGAGCCAGCUGGUUCAAAAUUGAUUACUUCACUAGGCUCCCUUGGACCCCUUGGACAAAGAGCACGAAAACGUCAAUUGCCUGCAGCUUCCAUUGCACCGGGAAGGGCAUUGUUGGAAGCAGUGUCUACAUUGUCUACUGCGUCACAGGCAAGCACGGUCAAAGAUAUUGCAGCCAAUAUAGCCAAGGAAAGUGAUGAGAAAAAGCAACCGCCUGAAGUUGAAGUUGCAAAACGACAAAAAAACACGCACACACCGAUGCAGGAUGACAAAGAUGACACAGGUUUCAUUGAGCCAAAGGUUGAACCAGGAGCUCACCCUGGAUCAGUCAGUGCUGUCUAUGAUGUGCCUAUGGUGGUAUUGUCUGAUUCUGAUGAUGAAGCAAAAGUUGGAGUCCAAGGGUCGGCAGCAGAAUCUGCACUGUCAGCACCGAUGGGAUCUAGACCAAGCAGCCCUACAGAGGCAGCCGUUGCCAGCAGUGCAAAUAUACAGGACGAGGAAUCUUCAGUACUAAUGACUACAGAAGGAGUGCCUGCGGCUGCAACAAAGCCUGCAGCAGAUGACUCACAGAAAGCCAAUGAAGAAGCUUCCAGUGCAAGCGCCAAACCAGCUCCUAUACCAAAACCGGCAGAUCAAGAUUCGACAUCAAAACCAUCCAGUGCAAGUGCAGGGACAGGGGCCAAAGCCAAAGCUGCUGCUACUCCACCAAAGGGAAGUUCUGAGCCGUCUUCAAUAUUCAAUGCAAGCACUGUCUGGCUUGACACCAUCCCAGUCGUGAAGCGGACUGACAAGAAAGGAUCUGGUGCUUUCUAUGUGACUUGCCCUUGUCACAAGUCGGUGAAGGAGGACGGCAAGGAGCGCAAAUGCAAGAAGGAGAUUUCCGUCACUACGCUACAAGAUGGUUCGAAGGCCAAAUGA